AUGGCAGAAGCACUCAACCUAACUUACAAACCAGACGAUGUAUCUUACGAUGAUGCUGCUGCCUUCGAGACGGUCAAGACGCUCCUCAAUGCUAGUUCGGACAGCUCAGUGACGGUGGAGACGACGGCUAAGGACCUGGCCGCUACCCUGCCAGGACCUCCAGGAUCCGAUGGCACUGAUGCGCACUAUACGCUGUACAACAUGGUCAUUGAUGUCGCCAAGCAAAUCCCGCACAAUCACCCAGCGCUGGUGAGGCUCGUACGCACAGUCGAGGCACUCUCGCUCUCCCCAAAGACCGUCUUUACUGAGACAACACUAACAGAGACAGCCCCGUUUGAACCCAACCGUCCGCCCACCGAUGCCCAGCUCGCUGGCUACCUGAGCAUCCAGGCGUUCACGGCGCUGCUCUGGAGUCGCGGCCUCAUCCACGGUGACGACUUUGCACUGUGGCAGCUUCGCUCAGCGUUCGAGGAGGACGUCGAGGAUGUGAAGGAGGCAGCGUACCUCUCGGCGGCGGCGGGUCUGUGGAUCAUGCAUGCCGGGUCAAGGGUGUGGCAGCUCGUCACGGAUGGACCGGUGCUGUCAGGGCCCGACGCAAGGAGCCUGCGAGCGGGCGAAAAGUUGGGAGGUGAGGGUGGUUAUGGAAAGGAGAGGUGGGCCUUCUGGGUGAAGGGCUUUGACGCGAGAGCGGAGGGCGGCGAGGGCGUUGAUGCAGGCAUCGCGAAGAGGGCGGCCGCUGUGAUGAAGGGGAUUGCUGGUGAUCUUUAG